AUGCUACUUACAUCAUCAUGGAUAAUAGAUACUACAAUAUUCCUGAUCUUAAUUGUAGUCCUAGUUUAUAAACAUCUUACACGAAAUUCGGACUUUUGGAAAAAAAGAAACAUUCCAUAUGCAAAACCUACUUUAUUUUUUGGCAACUUCUAUGAAGUAUUUACUUUUAAAACAACUAUUCAUGAGCAAAUAAAAAAACUUUACGAUAAAAUAGACGCACCAUACUUUGGAAUAUUCAUAUUCGAUGAACCGUUAUUAGUUUUAAAAGAUCCCAAACUUAUUAAAGAUGUUCUAAUAAAAGAUGCUGCUGUUUUUGCCAACAGAAGACCUGCAACUCCUACUCAUCCUCUCAUGGAGCACUCAGUAUUCUUUUUGAAAUAUCCGUACUGGAAAAAAAUUAGAACGAAACUUACCCCACUCUUUACUACUGUGAUGUUAAAAAACAUGCAUAAUGAUUUAAGUGAAGUCUGUAAAUCAAUGACGGGAUUUUUGAACAAACAUAAAGAAGUAAUAGAUGGGGGACAUAUUGGAGAACUUUUUACAACAGAAUUCAUAUUUAAAUGGUUUUUUGGAGCUAAUCUUGAUUGCUUUGCCGAAAAUCCCCCUCCAUUGGGUAAACUUGUGCAAAAUACUAAUGAAUUUAGUCUUAGAAAUUCAAUUGUUCAAAAUCUUUUCUUUAUUAAACCAUCGUGGGUAACUACUUUAAAGCUUAAUUUCAUAUCAGAUACUACAUUGAAAUUUUUUGAAGAUAUAUUUAAAAAGGGAAUGAAAGCUAGACAGGAAUAUGAUGGAAAGCCACAAAAUUAUGUUGACUUUGCCAAUAAAGCCUUGAGAGAAAAACUAAAUGGAAAAGAAGAUGUUAUGGAUUUAGAUAUGUCCGUCUCAAGUGCAAUAUUCUUUCUAAUAGCUGGUAAAGAUGCUUUGAAUACACUGCUUGCUUUUACUCUGUAUGAACUUUCUUUAAAUGAAAAUAUACAAAAUAAAUUAAGAGAAGAAAUUAGAGAAAAUGUACAAAAGUUUAAUGGCAUCACCUAUGAUGGAAUACAAGAAAACAAAUACCUAGAAAUGUGUGUUAACGAAACAAUAAGAAAAUAUCCUCCUAUACCGUUCAUAGACAGAAUGCCUCUCUCUGAUUACACAUUUGAGGGUACCGACUUGAAAGUGCAAAAAGAUAUGACAGUAAUAGUACCAUUUUAUGCGCUUCAUAGAGACGAGAAGCAUUUUCCUAAUCCUGACGUAUACAAUCCAGAUAGGUUCGCAGGAGAUAUAGAAGAAGGAGUUUAUAUUCCGUUUGGAGGAGGACCUAGAAAUUGUAUAGGUAAACGCCUUGGGAUGCUGGGUUUAUCAGUAGCAGUGUCGUAUGUAGUACUCAAUUUUCAAAUAGAAAAAUGUCCCGAUACUCCAAAUAAGCUAGAGUUUGAUCCUAAAAGUUUUGCACUGAAUUCAAAAACCGGUCUACCUAUUAAAAUUACGCCAAUAGAAAACGAAAAAUGUUUGUAA